AACCAUAAAAUAGGUAAAAUGGGUUAGAAAGAGAUAAUAAUAAAAAUUUUCCAAUAAAUAUUUUCUCCAUUUUAGUCAUCACUUAAUUAGCUCAUAAUAUAUCCGAUCCUCAUAUUAAUUCGCCUUUAUGCAUGUUUGAAUUCAAGAAAAAUAAGAGUCGUCUUCAAUGGCGUUCAAGAAUUCCUGUUUCCAUUUCUUUGUCACCUUCAUUGCCGUCGUAUUUUGUGCUUCAACUCUCGGCAACCGGAGUAGGUCCGGCACCGCCGCUUUGUUGACGUCCAUUACUGGGUUCAACGACACGCCGGCGGCCGUGGAACCAAGAACGGAGCAGUUGUCUGGGUGGUCACCGGGCGGCGAGUGGGUGCUUCUGCACGCUAGCGUGGGCGUAUCCGCCAUGCACAUGCAGCUCAUGCCGGACAACAAGGUGGUGAUGUUUGACCGGACGGACUUCGGAGCUUCCAACCUCUCCCUCCCCGACGGCAAGUGCCGCGACAACGACGAGGUCAUUGACCGGGACUGCACCGCCCAUUCUCUCCUCUACGACAUUACGUCGAACACCUACCGCGCACUCAUGGUGCAGACCAACGUCUGGUGCUCCUCCGGCGGGCUGGACCCCAACGGAACCCUCGUCCAAACCGGCGGGUACCACGGCGGCGACCGGAGAAUACGCACGUUCACUCCCUGCAACGACGAUCUCUGCGAUUGGGUUGAGCUUGACCAGAAUCUCACGAUACAGCGAUGGUAUUCCUCCGAUCACAUUCUCCCCGACGGCCGUAUCAUUAUAGUCGGCGGCCGGCGAGCUUUCAGCUACGAAUUCUUCCCAAAGUCCCCAAACACGACGAAUUUAGCGUAUCAACUUCGGUUCUUGGUGGAAACCAGCGAUCUGAAAGAAGAGAACAAUCUUUAUCCGUUCUUGUAUCUUUUGCCGGACGGGAACUUGUAUAUCUUCGCCAAUCAGCGUUCCAUAGUUCUUGAUUAUCAAAACGACCGCGUUUUGCGAGAGUUCCCGCCGAUUCCCGGCGAGAAGAGGUCGUAUCCGGCGACCGGUUCGUCGGUAAUGCUGCCACUACGUUUAACCGGCGGAGCCGCGUCGCCGGAGGUGGAGAUUCUAAUCUGCGGCGGCAACAAGGGAGGCGCGUAUCUUAAAGCGGAGAAGAUGCACGUGUACGAGCCAGCUUCCCGCACGUGCGGGCGGAUGAAGAUAACCGAUCCGUUUCCGAUUUGGGUCAUGGAGAAUAUGCCAAUGGGUCGGGUUAUGUCGGAUAUGUUAUUAUUACCCGUCGGUGAUGUUAUCAUCCUCAACGGCGCGGCAAAGGGAACCGCCGGGUGGGAGUACGGUGAGGACCCGGUUUUGAACCCGAUUCUCUACAAGCCCCGUGAGAGUGACCCGAGUAAAAGAUUCUCUGUGCUCGCCCCCACCGGAAUCCCGAGGAUGUACCACUCAUCCGCCAUCCUCUUGCCAGAUGGCAGGAUCCUAGUGGGCGGGAGCAACCCGCACACGAAAUACAAUUUCACCACCGAAAGAUACCCGACGGAGCUAAGCCUGGAAUCCUACGCGCCGCCGUACCUCUCCCCAAUCUACGCCUACCUCCGCCCGUCGAUCCUGUCAAUCGAGUCCGGCGGCGGCGGCAACUCCGUGACAUACGGCGAGAAAUUCUCCGUGACGUUCACAAUGGCGAUGCUCAAUUCCAGCGGCGGCGGCGGCAUCGCCGUGACCAUGAUCCCGCCGUCGUUCACCACCCACUCCUUCUCCAUGAAUCAGCGCAUGUUAGUGCUGCACACCGUUUCGCUGCAGCGGCUGUCGGUGUUCGCUUACAAGGUGACGGUGGAGGCGCCGGCGACGCGUAACGUGGCGCCGCCGGGGUAUUAUAUGGUGUUCCUGGUGCACCAGAGUGUUCCUGGACACAGUGUUUGGAUUAGGAUUCAUUCUUGAAGCAAUCAAUUCAAAGGAGGAAUAUAUGCAUCAAUCUAUUCUUUGAGUUUUUGUAUGUUUAGCAAAAUGUAUUUUCCACUUUUAGCUUUUUUCCUCGUGUAAAUUGCAAUAGUUCUCAUUUGUAAAAAUUUGGUUUUGAC